AGCUUUCGAGAGUUUCGUUCUCGUUCAACUUCAACAAUGGUGGAAGUUUCAGAGGUUGGAUUGAAGGAGGAAGAGGUAGAGCUUGAUCUGGGUCUAUCUAUUGGAGGUAGUUUUGGUAGAUCCGAGAAACCGAUUCAACCCGUUGCAAAGCUAAACGGGUUCGAAUUGAACCUGAAAGAACAGCAACACCACGCUUGGCAUGGGAAACCUGAGGGUGUGGCGGUUAUGUAUCCACAGACGAAGCGUGAGAUUCACGCCCUGCGGAGGCUGGAGGCGAGGAAGAAGCGGGAGGAGAAGCAGCAGAACAAGAGACUCGUGAGAGAAGCCGACUCCGAACUCGACCACCAACAACGAGUGUGCAAGAGGGAGAAAACGGAUCGUCACGACGGUGGAUCCGAGUACACGAAUGUGAAUCUGAAUUUGAACGGCGGCGAGAAGCAUCUAGGUGUCGCGAGUCACAUCGCGGUUGGCUCUGCGGCGUCGUUUCAGCACCCGUACGCGUACGUGCAGUUGAACAAUGGGUACGCCUACCCUUGCGUAGUGCCAUGGACGGUGAAAGAGAAAAAUGCGGGUCAGCCGGCGGAGGCCUGCAAGGGUUUCCGGCCGUUUUCUGGAAACGGGUACGGGUCGGACCCGAAUGGUGAAAGGGAUUGUGGAGAUAAGAAGGCUAAAUCCGACGGGUCUUCCAUGUGCAGUUCUUCUUUGGUUUCCGAUCACCAGAGUUCUUCUCAUGAAGGUGGAGGCAGCAGCGAUAGCCAGAGCCAAUCAGUUCAGUCUUUAGCAAAACCAACCCACUUAAAUAGCUCCAGUCAAAACAACAAUAGAAGCCAGCAAUCACCUGAACAAACUGCCUCAUCUCAUCACACCAAUAUUGUCCAACAAAACACAAACCAAACCGAUCAAAAAACCAAACCCCGCCGCAAGCAACAAGAUCAAGAACCCACCACAAAGAAGCCUCCACCACCCUUGUCUCAUGAAAAAGACAUGGUGGUGGGAAGAAUCAUUAAACCUCCAAGACCUCAGCCUCAGCCUCAGCCUCAUCAUCGCCCGACCUCACCGUCACUGCCUCCGCCACCGUCGCAUUUGCUUACUAAGAUGCCGUAUGUUUCGACGACGGGGAACGGCCCGAACGGGAAGCGAGUGAAUGGAUUCUUGUACAGAUACAGUAACUUGGAGGUGAGCAUUGUUUGUGUCUGCCAUGGAAGCACUUUCUCCCCUGCUGGGUUUGUGCAGCAUGCUGGUGGCACAGACAUUUCUCAUCCAGAAAAGCACAUUACGGUGAUUCCUUCUGCAUUUGGAUGA